AUGGAUUCACCAACCCCCUCAGUGCGGACUCCCCGUCGUCCCAGCGGUUCCUGGUCUCAUGGUUCUCACCAAAUACCCAGUCGGCCUCAGGACAAGCUCCGCCUUAUGUGCAGUUACGGUGGACGAAUCGUCCCCCGCCCACAUGACAGGUCCCUCUGCUACGUCGGCGGUGACACCCGUAUCGCAGUGGUCCAUCGCCAUUCUUCCCUCACAGAAGUCUGUCUUCGGCUCUCUCGUACUCUCCUCCACGGCCGACCUUUCAUCCUCAAGUAUCUUCUUCCCGGUGAGGACUUUGACGGUCUCAUUUCAAUAAUCCACGACGAAGACCUCCAGCUGAUGAUCCAAGAGUAUGAUCGUGUAACUGCGGCCUCGCCUCUCAUCAAACCUUUGCGUCUGAGGCUGUUCUUGUUCCGUUUUGAGCCAGAGAUCACUGCUAUUUCAAUCCACGACGCCGAUCAAGAGUUCAUGGACGCUAGCCAUGACUACUCUGGGAUUCUCUCUCGGCUCGGGUCAGAUGCUUCCGCCGUUGAUUGCUCAGCGAAACCUGACGGGUUUCCCAAGAAUGACUCUGGCACUGAUUUGGAGGCUUUGGCUGUGAAUCACAACAAUAAACAGAUGAAGAGUUUGGACGACGUUAAUACGGUAUCGGACUUACUUGUGGCGGACACAUCGCCUUCUGGGUCUCUUUCCUCGUCGCCUUCCAUAUUCAGUCUGCCUCCACUUGGAGUCGAUGAUAGUGGCGGCCGACCGAAGCAAGAAAAGCCCGAGAUGGAGGAGCUGUUUGUCCAAUUGAACUUUGCUACGAAUGUCAUGACGAAGCAAGAAGAUGGGUGUGCUGCUGCUUCCUCGGCUGCGUUGGCACCACCAGUGAUGGUCCCUUCUCCGUUGCAGCUUGUGCAUGCAAGAACCAGUGACGCUUUAAGUUUGCUUUCUCCUUAUCCAAUUGCGAGUUAUUUGUCAAAGGCUGUUCACUUGCAAGAGCAAGUAAAAGCGGGCCAUGCAAAUAUGAGGAGUGAAAUAUCUGAUACUAGCCCUGCAAUCCAAAUGGAUCAAGUUGAAGAAUGCGCAUACAGGUUAGGCUCACAAGUGGAUCGAAAUCAUCAAAUUGAGCAAUUUGUCCAUUACGUAGCAAUCCCAUCCUACUACCCAGUCUAUGCAAUAACUGUGGCACCUACUCAUCCAGAUGGGGUAUCCUCAGGGCAGCCACGGACAGUAACAGCCCAAAGCGGGCCUCCUUCAACGGUUUACAUCAAUCCCACUUCAAGUCUUUACACAGCAUCAAGUCCUGCAAUUCUUCAACCUGCCCAGUUCCGUUGCCCCGUACAGUCUAAUAUUGCUUUUGCUUCUACCAGUCCUGGCUUUGAAUACGAUGGUACUGCCACUUUCCAAAAACAAACUAACACUCAUUUGCCCCCUCACUACCCAUCCAUGACCCCACCAAGAUCGUCGGAUGCUUUCAGGCAUAACAUUCGGUAG